CCAUCGAAACCUGGGGUUUUUGAUGUUGUUGUUGUGUAUUUUGAAGGGUUCACUUCGUCCUCUCUUUUUGAUAUUGUCAGUUCGUCCAUCCAGGUGAUGGUAGGUGGUCUAGUUCUUCAUUUCUGAAUAGCAUUUUGUUUUUGGUUUGAUCAACGGCCUUUCUUUGAUACCCCUUUUCUGUCAAAAUGCGUUAUCUCUCCUUUUCAGUUUUUGCCCUAGGUAUCACCACCACCUCCGCCACCAUCCUCGUCUCGGACGGACACGGCGGCGUCAUCCACAACCCUCGGUACACCCACCAAAGAAUCGACAGCCGCAAUGUCAAGAUCGACAACCUCGCCCUCCACGCCGCGGUCCGAAGGUUCAACGUUGAGCAACUCCAGAACCUGACGAGCACCCUCCCCGUGUUGAUACCCCGACAGGCGGCAAACCUCCAGGUUUUUACCUCCGCCCUGGGGGGGGCUACGGCGCCUGCUAUUACCAACUCGGGUGAUCCUGACAGACCGUUUGCUGUCGACGGGGAUACCUUUCCCGAUUUUGCGACGGCGAGCAACAGGGCUUGUGACAACCAGAAGAAUGCCUGUGCCAAGAUUGCGAAUGAGGGGGGCCAGAGGGACGGGGAGUUGACGGUGGGGGAGUGUGACAGGCAGAUGGAACAAUGCAAGAGUGCGGCGCUUUCGGCAGCCAACAGAUCUUUUGAUGGCGCCGCGGGUGAGCAGCAGCAGCAGCAGCCACCGCCGCAGCAAGGGGGCGGUCGUGGUGAUGAUGGAGGACAGAGGCAGGAUCCGAAUCGGGGGCAGGAUCAGGGGCAGGAUCAGGGGCAGGAUCAAGGGCAGGAUCAGGGACAGGAUCAAGGGCAGGAUCAGGGACAGGAGGAACAGGCGCCGCCCGAGUCGGUGCUGGUUAGUUCGGAUGAGAAUUUUGAUUUCUUCUGUGAUGUUUAGGCCUGGGAGUUCGGGAGGCGUGGGAGACUGAUGUUUUUUCUUUUGUGGGUAUUUACAGCAAGGGAACCGGGCAGGCAAUGGUUGGUGUAAGUGACGAGGAGGCCGGGAUUGGGCAACCUGGAGCACUGCUGUUUCAGACAACUCGCCAUUGGGCACGGAAUCAGGCGUGGGAGGCGGUUUUCCGCCUUUUUGUACAUCAAUGGUAUUACUGGUUGUAGGGUGUUUAUGAAGAUGCCACGAAGGCCUGGGUUUUGCUCAUCUGAAUUCCAUUCCAUGAGGCGAGAUGGCUAUCCCUACCGUUGCUGCA